AUGGAACUCCCACCCGGCUACUCGCAGAUCGAGUCGCACAACCGCACCCGUCGCAAGCCUGUCGGCUCGCCCUCUAACGCCCGUCGUGGCUACAACAUCCUCGCCCCGCCGCAGGAGGCCGCGGCGGCUGGCGCGCAGAGAGGGAGUGAUGCAUCGCUCUCGCGGCAUCAAGUGCAGCGGCCGACUGUUCAGCGUCGCUACGGUCGUCUUCCGCAGUACAUGCCCGAUGAGGUCCGCGCCAACGUCGCCGCCCGUUUUGGCGCUGCAGUCCCGCCGCAGCACCACCAGCCGCGUUCCCCGCCGCCGGCAUCAUCUAGCUACCCGGCCCGCUCGGCGCUUGGUGGAACUCGUGGCGCUCGGCUUGGGAACUCGGUCUCUUGGGCUCAAGAGCGCCGCCCGGAUCCGUAUGCCGCACAGCGCGAGGCCGCCGACUACUCGGCCCAGGCUCUCGCUGAGGCCCAGGCUCAGGCCCAGGCUCAGGCCCAGGCUCAGGCUCAGGCCCAGACUCAGAGCUUGCAGCAGGAAGCAGGCUCACCGGCAGCUGGUGGCGAGGAUGACGAGGCUUAUCUGGCGUCGACCAAGUUCCUGCGGUCAGGCCACGAGCCGCCGGCCCGGUUCCGGUCGCUGAAGUGGAAGACAACCCGCGAUGAAGAGCACCCGCUGUACCAGACGACUGCAGCCGACAUUGGCUCGCGCAACCCGUCCGUUCACGAGCUUCCGAUGCGCUGGCACGGCAUCCGUGGCCAGUUCUCGUCGGCGCCCGCAGGCUCAAACGCCUACCGCACCGCGCCGCUCAACUCGUCGGCGCCGCGCAAGUCGUACAUCUAUGAGCGCCCGCUCCAUGGCCCCACCUCGCUCUACCAUCGCUAG